AUGAUUUAGUUGAGACCUUAAAUUUCACUAAAAAUUGACAAAAUCUCUAAAGAUGGUAUAUGCAUUAGAAUAUUCGGUUGGUUUCUAUUCUAUGUCAUUUUGUAGAUAAUGAUGAUAAACAACCGAAGAAAAUAUUUAUCCUAUGAUAUUAGAUUAAGUAAGUUUGAAGGAGAUGCUAAUCAAAAUGAAUAUAAGAAUUUAAAUUAUACCAAUGCCACUGGGAAAUACACAUUUCCUAUUCAAAAUAUAAGCGAAGUGGAAUUGAAUCUAAAUGUUACAAUCAAUAAGGUAUUAAAAUCAUUUCAUCAUUCUUAGAAUGACUAUUAUAAUUUAGAACAUGUCAUGGUUAAGGAAGAGGAAAUACUUAAUGAUAUGAAGUACUAAUUAAUAGUGCAUUCAGAAGAUUAAACUCUUGUGCUCAAUGAAACCCAUACGACUUCAUUGAAAUGCAAAUCUAAAAGCUAAUAAAUUUAAUGCACUGGCUAUCUAGAAUCAAUUAUCAAUAAUGGCUAUAAGGAUCUCCAAUUCCAAUUACUUAUCUUCCAUCAUAAUGCUUUAGCCAUUCACUCUUAAAAUUUAACAUUACUAUAUGAGAACAAUCAAUAUUUCACUAUGAUUUUGAUUUUUUAAGUAUCCCUAUAUUACUACAUUUCUAGGUUCUCUUCCUCUUUUUGAUUCUGUAUGGGAUAUAUUAUUUCUUCAGCAAUUUGAGUGAUUACCCUAAACAAAUUUGGCCAAAAAUGUAAUUACUAAUAUAUACUUAGACAUUAAUGGCUAUUAAUAUUAUUGAUAGGAAUGAUACUCUACAACUUUCCAAUCCUACUGAUUCGAAAUCAAUAUGGCUAAUUUGUUCACUAUUACUCGAACAUAGUUGAAUUAUUCAUUCAAUCAGGAUUAUUCUACUUUUGGUUAUCCAUUUUUGAAUUAGAACAAACUUAAUCUUCUGAGGAGGAUGGACAAACUACUACUUCUAAUUAAUUUAGUAUAUGGAAUCUAUUAAAAUUGCUUUUGGUAAUGUUGUAUACAGUUCCUCAGGCAAUAAUGGAUACAUUUAUUUUUAUAAUGCAAGAAGAAUUAAUGUAGUAUGAUCCUAGAGUUGAGAUUCCAUUUUACAAUAUUUACUUGAAAUUUGUAAUUUUAAGUUUAGUUGGAUACUCUGUAUGUUUUGUAUUUCUUCUAUAUAAAUCAUUUAAUCGAUAUGAGAAAUCAAUAUUAAUAACUGAACCUCCUGUUAUCGAAAAUGAUAAAUAACAUGAUCCAUUUUACGAAGGUUAAUAAAUAAAAGAGUAGGAUGGUUAAGGAGAGAUCAGGAAUUAUAAAUUGUUGCAUAUUUUAUCAACAAUUUGUUUUUCAGCUUUAGUCUAUUAUCAAUUAGUUACAAUAUUGGAGCCAAUUGUUUUAACAAGUUCUAGUACUAUAAAUGAAUGGGCAUUGAUAAAUAUAUAUUUAUGCAUGAUUGUGCAAUUAUACAUGCCUUACAAUCAGCCAUUUGAAGAUGAAUAACAAAAAUCAAUGUAUGGAGAUGUGGAAAUGGAUGAUUUAAAUAUGUAAUAAUUAGUUUAAUCUUUAUAAUUAGUAAGAGUACUAGGGUUAAACAUAAAAAUUUAGCCAAUAAGAAGUUUUAUACAAAGUAGAAAGAUGAGCAAACAGGUUAAGAGGAUGAUAUUCAAAUAUGA